GACACUCGUGUAUAUACCAUGGGGCUAAGGUAACGCUAGAGACAGUGUAUACGGGAAUUCUGGUCCCCAAACCUCACUACAAUGGGGACGACUGUACGCUUUGGUCCUAAGUGGCUACCGAUCCUCAUAACCACCAUUUAUGCUGGUAUGGCUGUUUGUAUAAAUCCGCCAUUACAAACUAGCGGCUGGAUACCUAUUUCUGCGUAUACGAACCCGCAAGUGACGUACACCCAUGGCCUUGGUGAGGUACCAAUCAAAGUCGAUGUCCAGGUCCGCGUAACAGACACAACACAAAACAAAUAUAUUAUCUUCAGCGCAAUUGGCUCAGGCCAUAGAGGAAAUGACGACAAUUCAGAAUUCGGCGGAGUUGUAUACGUGUACAAUGAAAACGAAGUGAAGAUGUUCGCUCCUGGCUCUUCUGGUGGAACUGGAAUGGGAAAACUCGUACAUCUAGGUGGAUCCAAGUACGUUGGUCCGACAAUCACCGGGAAUUUCUCUUCUGGACACGUUCGAGUUCGUCUGUGGAAGAAAUGCAACUUUGCAAAGCCAACCUACGUAUCUGGUAGUGUGACUCUGAACAAUGCGGAAUCUACGUCCUAUCAGGAAGUGUUUCAUACUGUCGGUAGAAUACCAGACCUUGUCAUCGUACAGGUCUUCCUCGACAACGGUUGGGUAACAGAUGCUCAAGGUAUUUCAUUUUACUCUGAGAGCUCAAACUCAUUUGGAGGUGUGGUAUUUGCAUUUGGAAAAAACAGUGUUCGAAUUUGGACUCCAAAGAAAGGGUCAGGAUCUGCUUCGAACGGUGUCGUGUUUAACGCGGUGGACGGCUGGGGCAAACGCGGCCAGUUUAUGUACGAUGAUGACGCCACAGUUAGAGUUUGGGCCUGGAACUUCGGAGAUUUGGAAAACGACCCUUCCAAAAUAGUGACAUAUUUGAGAAAUCUCCCACCCAACGGCACAGUAUCACAGUCUGUUUCGAUCAAAGAUGAAGGUUUCUUAACAGUCAAGGUACAGGUGGAGGCGGGCACAAAUGAAGGCUUUGGUUUCUACGCCGCGGGAACAGCACCAACAACAGACGGACUGGGAACGUCGGUGUUUUACGCUGGAAUAGUUUAUGGCGUAAUGGAGGAUACAAUCAUGAUGUGGCACCCGGAUGACAGUGAGACACAGGGCUGUCUGGCCAUGGUGUACGGACAAUGGGGAAACGGCAACGAGCAACAAUGUGUGAAAGAAGAUGACUCCCAGAUUGUAGUACAAUUGUCCUAUGCUGAUGUUAAUGAACCACCAUGCAAAGAGAAGGACUGUAACCCGUCCGACAUAGGUCCUAUGUGUGUAUGUGAUGGAUCUGGGUACGAAGGACAGUAUUGUGGCACGAUUGUACAAUGUGCAGGCCCAACCGCACAUCAAAAUGCCAAUUAUGACCCGUAUCAACACCUUUACGAUUUUGAGUCGACUAUUACAUUUACCUGUAAGAAAGGCUAUAAGUCCGACUCCGGAGAUAAAACGGCGAAAUGUAAUGCUUAUAUGGAGUGGGAAGGACUUCCUUACCUGUGUAUUCCCAAGUCAUGUGGGAGUCCAGAAGAAGGGGUCAAUAGUACUAUGGAAGUGGAAGGAGUUUACUUCAGUGAUCAUGUCACUUACGUCUGCACCGAUGGCUAUGAGAUCGAAAGUGGCGAUAAGGAAAGGACGUGCCAGGCGAAUCAGCAAUGGAGCGGUCAUCCGCCUGUAUGCGCACGUAGUUGCGGUGAACCAAAUGAAAACGCCACAACAGUUGUGCGGACAAACGAGGGUUUGACCAUUGGAGUGAUCGCUACAUUCGAGUGUAUCACCGCAUACGAACCUGACAGUGGUAACUUCAGCAGGAAAUGUUUGGUAGACGGAACCUGGAGUGGUGUAGCUCCAGUUUGUAAAAGAAUAAGUUGUGGAGCGCCACAAGAUCCGACCGGUACAAACAGUACACUGUCAUACAAUGGCACGGAAUAUGAAUCAAACGCAACAUAUACCUGUGUCGAAGGUUACCAUAGCGGAAAUAGGGCAUCGUUCCAGACGACAUGCCAAGCAUCACGUAAUUGGACAUCAAUGCGUUCUUGUGAAAAGGUGAUAUGUCCUUCCCACUCAACUGGAGUGAAGGCGGAUAUUACGUCAUAUCAGGGAAAAGAGUAUGGGGAUGUCAUCGAGUAUAAGUGUCAAUACGGAACCAUGUUGUCGUCUGGAACUCUUCAGAGCACGUGCCAGUCGGACACUACCUGGAGUGGGGAAGCACCAGUAUGUGAAGAUAUCGUUUGUUCUGAUCCCGGUGAGGUAGCCAACGGAACAGUGCUUCAUCUUAAUACAGCUUAUAAUGGAAUGGUGAUAAUUGGGUGUGAUCCUGGCAACGCCGUAGAGUUUGGGGACCCGGUGAGGAUUUGUGGAGAUGGAGGACAGUGGUCUGGUAUGAAACCCUACUGUGGGGAAGUUUACCAGGUGUUUUUGAAUCCUGUAAAUGGCAAUCCUCCGUAUCUUCCGUUCCUCGGUAUAGGCACUUCUCCCAACAAUAACCCGCCUAUCACAACAGAAGACAUUCUACUACUCCGUGUUCCAUUAAAGUCGACCAAUCGUUACCUACGUACAUUAUCUAGUGCUCCUGAUGAUCGUUGGACGUCAAAAUUCAUUGGGAUUGUAGGAGUCUUGCUUGUCUCUAUUCCGUUAAUUGUUACUAUCGCGAUUGAUGUGAUGGAUUACGUGAUGCGAAACUCAGUCACACCUGGGAAUAGUAAUGGUGGCGGCGGUGGGAGUGGAAACGGAAAUAGCGGAAAUGGAAACAGUGGACAGAUGGCCAGAAACACCACAUCACAGAAUAAAAAACCGCCAAAGGUAAAAAGCAAGAGGAACAAUGACUAUAUAUAAUUCCAUGUUUGUGUUUGUAUAUACUUUAUGAUAAUUGAGCGUGGAUACACCAUUUGUUCACUGUACUUAGAAACACAAUUGAUAACUAUAUCUAGAUACCUUACGGUAUUUAAAUAAAGCAUGUUUAACUAAAUUCAAAUAAUUCAGUGUUUGCUAGAUUACGCAAUGUUCGGCGCGGUAUUUGUUUCUAACUUCUGAGUGGUUGAAGCUGCUCGACGAUGAAAUUUUAGUGCACUUUUGUGUUUUGUGAAAAAACUAUUUUGUUAUUAUCAGAAAUGAAUAAAUAUUCAUAAACAACAUGUAUAUUACCUUAAAAGUGCGGUCUAUCUUUUUAAAUUAAAUUCAGAGGAAUAAGCGCGAUUAAUUUUUGGGAUUAUACGAUACAUACUGGAAAAAAUAUGUGCACAUUUGUAUUUGAUGCACCAUUUAACUAAUUUCUGUACUUAUAUCCACCAUUUAAUUACUGUACAUAUAUAUAUUCCUUUGACAUGGUUCUCUCCAUCCUCGAUAUCUAGGG